ACUGGAUUUCCCAGCUUUCAGCAUAUGCAAUGGAUAAUUUUUUUGAAAGCUGCUGAGUUGGGUGUGGAUCUACAGGAGGCAUGGAUAACUCACAAUGCAGCUGUGUACAUCCUUAACCACAACAAACAUAUUAUCGCUUCUGGGAGGUUAUCCAUUCUUGUUGAGCCACUGAAGAAACUUCUUACAGCAGUCAAGAAAACUGGACAUAAUGGGAACCCAGUGCUAUUGCUGGUACUCUCCAAUACUUUAGCCAGAGGGUUAAUUCAGCCUUGGAUACCUGUGUCAGAAAAAAGACCAGAAACUAGUCAGCAUACAGAGAAGAGAAAGAAGAUGUCG